AGGAGACGCCAUGUUUCCUCCAGCAGAGGGCCUCGUAUUCUAGUAAAGUCAACUUCCAACCCACUCCAAUGCGGCUUGCUAGUCGGAAGUAUAGUUUAUUAAUACCGUGGCUGUGUGGCUUCGGACAUAUAUGGAUAAACGUGUGUAAUACAAUGGGGACCAGCAAUUAUGCCACAGCCCAGAAUGAUGCUGGUGGUGACGGGAGAUGAUUUCGGCUACUGUCCCAGGAGGAACCAGGGAAUUGUGGACUGCUUCCAGGCUGGAGGCAUUUCCAAUGUUUCACUACUGGUUAAUGCUUCUGCUGCCAAAGAGGCAGCUGAUCUGGCUAAGAGACACAGCAUCCCCACCGGCCUCCAUGCCAACCUGUCAGAGGGCAUUCCAGUGUGUCAGAGCCUCCAGCAGGUCUCCACAUUAAUAAACCAGCGUGGCUUCUUCCGUGGGAAGAUGGGCUUCCGUCAGGCACUGGAGAGAGGUCAGCUCAGCAUGAAACAGGUGGAGCUGGAGUUGAGGGCCCAGGUCAGGCUUUUCAGGGAACUGACAGGUCAUCUACCCCACCACAUGGAUGGACACCAGCAUGUCCAUGUACUGCCAGAGGUGCGUGAGGUCUUUGCACAGGUCCUGUCAGAUCUCAGGAUUCCAUACACUCGUGUUCCAGUGGAGGCAGGUUUACACAGCUGCCCAUGGAUUCCAGCACACCUCCAAAGAUUCUACACGCAGGUGGAGAAGGACGCUCUGGACUCGAUCCCUGUCUUCACACGCUAUGGAAUCAGGUGGCCAGAUGUGUAUGUGGGGCUGACUACCAUGGGCCAGAACAUGUCCAUCCCCAACCUCCAGAGGGCCUUCAGCCACGCUUUGGCUGCAGGGCCCUCAGGCACUACCUCCAGCAGUGCAUCAGACUCUAAUCAACCUGUGGUCACAGCAGAGCUCAUGGUUCACCCAGGUUACCCCAGUCAACCCCAGGAAGGAGGCUGUGGAGAGGGCCCUGAUGAUUUCUCCCAGUCAGGUGACAGACAACAUGAGCUGUGUGUGCUCAGACACCCAUCCCUGUUGGCCCUCUACAGACAGGAGAAAGUGCAGCUCUGUGCCUUCAAAGACCUUUGACUACCGUUUUGUCUAAAACUGACAAACAUGUAUGUAUACUGUAGAGUCAAUGUGAAACCCUAUUUCCCAGGUUCUGUUCCAGUGGUAAAAAAUAACAUAAUUCACAGUUAAAUUGACAUUUGUAAUAACACAACUUAAUCUGCCCUAUAAAUCUGCCCUACAACAUAACCCUAUAAUUAUAAUUAACACUAUGUGAUGUGGGGCAAUCCAUGCGUCUAAAAGGGAAUUGUGAGUUUUUUGUUUUUUUUUGUUUUUUUUUUAACAACAAAACAAUGUAAUAUGAUUGUUUAUUUACAUCUUUCAGUUUUUUGUGGCCUUUAAUGAACACCAUUUCCCAUAAACCCUAAGGCAGUCACAGGUUAAAGGUCAACAACUCAACAUACACAAGCCUAUGGAAUGGGAGCUAUGAAUGGAGUUGUCUCUCUCUUUAGUCCAGACAUGGCUGUAACAAUAGCAUGUCUUAUCUUUUUUAAAGACAGUUCCUAAAAUAGAAAGAUGUUCACUGCCAUGCUGGUGAAAUGUUAUGAAAGCUGUAGUUUUUGGAAUGAUAAUUAAUAAAUCAUUAACUCUGUUAAAAUCAUGAAGGAUUUAAACCCAGGAACAUGUUCUUUUCAGAAUAAAUGAUGAAGGAAUCUUCAAUAAGAGUCUGUACUGAGGUAGAGGAUAGACAGGAAGUAGCAUCCGGACUACAGCUCCCUGUAGACCCUUGCAUUUGAGCUCAAAAGCUGCACAACAGUCUCUUCACAUUUCCUGAGUAAAUAUGACUAUCGAGCAAACACGCACUACAAAUACAGGUGUAUAUAGUUGUUUUUUUUAAAUAGUUUUCAUUUAAGAUGAGUUGUUAUCUGAUCUUGAAGUCCUGGUUUAAAGUUGGAAUCCAAUUCUAAGACCGUCAUUUAUUUCAGUUUUGUGCUUACAUAUUGCAUAUUCCUCUAUUUAUGUGUUUAACCAAAUUACCACACAGCAAUCUAGGGUCUGGUAGCACAACAUCAUAGAUGAAAAUCAUUGUACAUUGUAAAAUAGUGGAGGGAUGGGGUAAUAGGGUCCCAGUAGUGUAUUUCUGCCUCAGGGGCCUUUAACAGGUUAAUCAAGCCAUGUAGUCUCUGUGGUUUUUUUAUGUAAGAGGGUGGAGGGAUGAUUUCCAGUGAUCUCAGGUGUGUGUAGCACAAGUAGCACAUCUCAUCACCUGCCACGUGUUUCGCUUGGUGAAUUAUUUUAACAUUCACAUUUAAAAAUCACCUAUAUCAGUACUGUAUAUUUAAUAUAGUAGGAUGUAGUAUUUAUAGCAUUUAAAUAAUAUUUCAAAUUUUAUAUUUUGAUUAAGUUUCUGUUGAAACUUUUUUAUGAAUUGCUAUAUUUGAAUUCAAAGAUAAUAAGUGAAGAGCUUGCAAAUCUGACAGUGUGAGCUAAUAAAUGAUGUCAAAACUCAUGUGAUGUUUCUCUGUCUGUAAUCUGAAAGUAGCAUGUUAUUUUUGAAAAUGUACUUUCACAGCACUUAAUAACAUUUUAAUAUUCAGUGAGCUGUCACCAAUACCAAAUGCAGUGUCUUCUUUGUCUUUAAUGUCCAUGAGGGCCAUACUUUAUCAAAUUUGUAUAUUACAUCUGACUCAAAAAGCAGGAAAGGUCUGAGGUGUUCGCUAGUUCAAAAAUACACUCUGGUAGAGGAUGUACAGUCCAAGGACCAAGAAAUUAGAAAACAUGAGUAUGAGACUGGUGCUACUAAUACUGUAAAACAUUAGAAUGUCUUUAUGUUGACCAAUUUCUGUACCUUCUAAAUGUUUUUUCUCAUGUUAUAUAGUGGCAUGAAAAGGUUCGGGCAGCCAAACUUUUCAAAAUGUAUGUAACUAUAAGUAGUUAAGUAAGUAGAAGAUUAACUGGUUUCCAAAGAGCAUAAAGUUAAAGAUGAAAAACUUCUUUAAUAUUUUGAGCACUAUAAUUUUUUUUAUACACUUUCAAAAUUUAAAAAAAAAGAAAAGGGCACCCUUCAUGGUCAGUACUUAAGUAACACCACCUCUGUCAAGUAUAUCAGCUUAUAAAUGCUUUUUAUAGCUUUUUUGUAACCCUAGAUAGUAAAUAAUCGUCAGACCCAGAUAAGAUAUAGCCUUACUUUUUAAAACUCGCUACAGAAAUUAUUGCAUAGCCUAUUGCUUCAAUUUUUAAUCUCAGUUUAUGCUCCAAAGUCAUACCCAGGACCUGGAAAUCAGCUAUGGUUCUCCCUUUAUGACAGGGGGGAGACCCUACUGACCUGAAUUAUUACCGUCCAAUUUCCAGACUCUCUGUUAUGAGAAUUUAUUGAAAAAGCUCAGGCCUAAACUUCGCCAUUUAAAAAAACAAAAAAAACAAAAAACUUUCCGUUUGGAGCCAGUAAGAUAAUUGUACAAAGAUCCUUCAUAUCAGUACUGAAUUAUGGUGAUGUGGUCUACAUGGAUGCCACUUCAUCACUACUUCAAAAACUGGACUCUGCUUAUAUGACACGUCUUUACGUUUUGUAACGAAUGCAAGCGCGCACACACACACCAUUGCAUUAAAAUGAAUCAUUAGGAGGGUCCUCUCUAUACCAGCAGAGAAAAAAUGCACAUGUUGAUAUUUAUUUACAAGACAUUGUUAGGUAAACUACCUACCUAUAUCUCCAGCCUUUUAUUCUUUCAUACCAGCAUCUAUAGCACUAAGUCUACUAAUUUGAUUCAUUUAAAGCGUGCACUCUUGGUAAAGCUUGGUAAAACUGCAUUCUCCUUUUAUUCACCAUGGGCAUGGAAUGAGUUGCAGAAUAUUACUACUUUAGAAGCAAUUCCCUCCUUAAAUAUAUUUUAAAAGACUGUUACAAACUGCCCUGAAGAAAACAUGUUACUGUUUUAUAUGACUAACCGGCUGUUUUUAAAUGAGUAACUUCAUAUGAGAUGGACCGUGUUAGGGAUGUCGAUGGUUGGCCUGUAUAUAUGUCAUCUUUUACUCUCCUUAUGGUUUAGCUUGUAUGUACUGUUUGUGUUUCAUCUUGCUUUACCAUUGCUCAGCUUUUUUGUAUUGUUUGUGUGUUAUUGGUGUCAUUAAGCCUACUUUGCCAUGUAAGCAUAAUUUUAAUGUUGUAGCUGGUCAAGAUGGGGUUGAUGGGUUGUUUAUUCUAAAACAAUAUAUCAUGUUGUAUAAGCUCAUAGAUUUUUUAUAUAACAUUUAACCUGUAAAGUAACUGUAGAUGUUAAAUAAAUGUAAUGGAAUAAAAAAGUAAAAUAUUUUCCCCCUAA